AUGUCUAGCAAUCAAGCUGCCUGGAUCCCAGAGGCCCGUCAACAGUUGACCGUCGGCCCCGCUCCAACACCGAAGCCAGGGCCUGGUGAGUUGGUUAUUCGGAGCCGUGCAGUUGCAAUCAACCCUGUCGACUGGAAGAUCCAGGAUUAUGGUAUUUUAAUCCAGAAUUACCCCUUCAUCGUGGGAGAGGAUGUUGCUGGCACCGUUGAGGAAGUCGGAGAGGGAGUGACUCGGUUCCAGAAAGGCCAAAGAGUAAUCGCACAUCUCCUGUCGCUGAAGACCGCGAACGCCGCGCAUUCUGCUUUCCAACUGUAUCCAGUGGCACAAGAAAACGCGACAGCUGCGAUUCCCGAACCCCUGAGCUUCGAGCAAGCUGUCACAUUGCCGCUGGCCAUCUCAACUGCCUCCGUGGGACUGUAUCUCCCAGACUAUCUUGGUCUUCCGCUUCCAUCGACUAGUCCUGAGUCAACUGGCAAGACCAUCUUAGUCUGGGGCGCCGCAUCAUCUGUUGGUGCGACAGCCGUUCAGCUUGCUGCUGCCUCGGGCCUGAGAGUGACUGCGACGGCUUCUCCUGCUAAUCAUCAGUUUGUCAAGGACUUAGGGGCAAGCGUUGUCUUUGACUACAGGUCUCCUACUGUCGUGAACGAUAUUGUGAACGAACUCAGAGGAAAAGAGAUCGCCGGAAUCUAUGAUUCUAUUUCCGAAGAAGCCACCUUUGAGCCACUUGCCGCCAUUGCAAAGGAGCUUGGCGGUAUCCCGGCUGCCUCUGUGUUGCCCUACAAGAAUCCUUCGGAGACAUUCAAGCCUAAAUCUGUGUCCGCCCUUGCCAUAGUGACGCCUCCAAACGAAAAGAUUGGCCAAGCUAUCUGGGAGGAAUAUGUGCCCAAGGCGCUCGCCAGUGGACAGCUGCAGGCCAAGCCCGAUCCGGUCGUUGUUGGACAUGGACUAGACAAGAUCCAGCACGCAUUCGACGUGCAGAAGGCUGGUGUUUCCGGGAAGAAGAUCGUUGUUACUCUAUAG